AUCUAAUCUGAAGCAAACCACGGUGCACAGACAUCAUGAAGCUCUACCAAGUAGGAUCAAUCGGCAUCAUCGCAAACGUCGCCGCCGGUAGCAGUACCAUCAGUCCGUCCGACGACCUUACACCUCCCGGACGAACCCAAUUGAGACGGCCCACGUCGAGUCUUAGUGCAGCUACACAUCUACUCAAGGAAUUCAUCUUUCUUUAUCCUCCGAGUCGUCAAUAAACACCAACACGAUGCCGACACCCGAAUCCGCCGCGUUCCUGGCCAAGAAGCCCACGGUCGCGCCGACCUUUGACGGCGUCGACUACGAUGACAACAAGGCCCUCAAGGCGGCGCAGGACGCCAUUGUCCGCGAGCAGUGGGUGCAGGUAAUGAUGGGUCGGCUAAUCCGCGAGGAGCUCGGCAAGUGCUACUACAAGGAGGGCGUCAACCACCUGGAGAAGUGCGGUCACCUCAGAGAGAGAUAUCUCCAGCAGCUCAAGACGGCAAGGGUCAAGGGCUACCUAUUUGAGCAACAAAACUACAUUGAAAAGCAGGAAAAGAGCGCAUAAGGAGGCAGUCAGAUGUACUAUGGGGUAGGGAGGGGAUUUCUGUGCAAUCGAAUACGCUCUGUUCUUACCUAGAUAGACAAGGAAUAGCGAUUUCAAGGAGCACAUAUCAGUGAUUGCAGAUGAUUACAAUGUGUGCAGAACAACGGUCGCAUUUGCAAACAUGAUUCAAAAAUGUUAGCUGGCGAAAGACAAAUAAUUGAAUUGACUCGCUGUGGUUAAUGUCAAUGUUAAUCGUUUGUUGUCAAUGGCCAUCGGAAGCUGAAGUUCAUACCGGAC